AUGGACAUCAUCUCCGUGGCUACGUUCAUCAUCCUCUUCUCCACGGGACGAACUGCGGAUCUGAUCCACACGUUCUUGAACCGCAGCCUCCCUCCGGUUGCCAUCGCCGCCCUCCUCUUCGUCCUCCCGCCCUACCUCUUCCUCAAGCUCCUCCUCUUCGCCUUCUGCUCCGCCUUCAGCAAGGACGUUGCCGGCAAAGUCGUCCUCAUCACCGGAGCUUCCUCCGGCAUCGGGGAGUACCUUGCAUACGAGUAUGCGAGGAGAGGGGCAUGCUUGGCGCUGGUUGCGAGAAGGGAGAACCGCUUGAAUGAUGUGGCCGACAUGGCUUAUCAAUUGGGCUCUCCUGAUGUGGUCGUCAUCCAAGGAGAUGUGUCCAGGGCCGAAGAUUGCGAGAGGUUCGUCGAUCGAAUGAUUGACCAUUUUGGCCACCGUAAGCACGUCGCUUUUUACAGUAUCUUUUCCCUGGUGACUAAUGCCGGGAUAGCUCCCAUGCGCAUGUUUGAAGACUGCCCCGACAUCACUAAGCUCGCCCCUGCAAUGGACAUCAAUUUCUGGGGUUCGGUGUGUAGCAUCUUCUUUGCUCUACCCUAUCUGAAGAGAAGCAGAGGAAAGAUUGUAGGGAUAGCUUCGGCAGCUGGGUGGCUUCCGGCCCCAAGAAUUGGAUCUCCUCAGGCAAGCAAGGCGGCCCUAAUAAGCUUCUACGAGACAUUGAGGACAGAAUUGGGAUCGGAGAUUACCAUAACCAUUGUGACUCCAGGCUUGAUUGAAUCGGAAAUGACUCGAGGGAAGUUCCUUUCGAAAGAAGGUCGCAUAGUUUUGGAUCCUCAAAUGAGAGAUGAAAGGUUUUUCCGGGUACAAUCAUAGAGUAUGAUAUCAUCUAAGAUAUUCAUGCAGUUUCUAUCAGAAUCUCGCCUAAGCGGGACUAGCAUGGGACAAGCUUUUGCCGUCUCAUGAAAUCAAUUUGAUUCGAUUAAUCCAAGUGCAAUCACUCCGUCGUUAUUAUGUGCGCCAACUGCUCAAAAUGGUUAAUGUUAGUGGGUAUUCAUGCUAUUUUCUUAGGUACAAGUGGGGGUGAUGCCGAUAAGGUCAGUG